CAGAUAUUACAGAGACAUAAAAAUUUCGAGUUAGUAUCAAUAACACUUCCUUAUCUGUAAGGUCUAAUACCGAAAUAAAUCAAUAUUUUAAAUAACGAUUAAAAGACAGAAUGUCGUAAUUUAGUUUGUAAUGAUGUUCAUAUGUCUAGUUUUGUGCUGUGGUAUUUGUCAAGAAAUUGUUAGUCAAUAUAACACCAAUGAGUGUUCCACAAGAAGCAUUUACAGAUCUUCUCAACAUGUGCCAUUAAAACUGAUUUUAAUCAACGAAACAGAUAACGAAAUAACUAUAAAAAAAGUUAGAAAUUAGGAUCAUAUAUUUUACUCAAAAAGUCACAAGAUCAGGAAUUUAACUCAAAAAGCCAGGCCAAAAACGUAAUCAGUAACUCAGGAAGACAACACAAGAAGGAUAUUUGGAACAGAAUAUCAGAAAUCUACCAAAAGAAAAAGGAAAGGAGUUAAAGAGUUUCAGGAGCAAAUUGUUAAACAUCUCUAUUAUUAAGAAUGAAAAAUAUUUGUGCAAGAGGUUUGACUAUUAAAUGGCUAACUGUGUUAACCGCCGCUUUAGUGAUAGUGCUGGCUGGGGUUUUAGUGCUAAGUUUUUAUGGAGUACCUUGUAUAGUGGAUUUAAAAGUAGCUUCGUCUGUACGAUUAGAAAAUGAUACAGAACAAUGGGACAGAUUUCUUGAUUUACCGAUCCCUGUAAUAACAAACGUCUACCUAUUUACUGUCACAAAUUCGGAAGAUGUGUUAAAAGGGGCACUUCCUGUUGUACAAGAAGUAGGACCUUAUGUCUACAGACAGAAUCUGACAAGGCGUAUCCUAAGCACAGAUUCCAGUGAGGAUAGUGUUACCUAUGAGAAACAUACAGCAAUAACUUUCGAUCAAGAACUCUCUGGUGAUCAUACUGAAGAUGACAUGGUGACCGUUAUUAACCCAGCUUUACUAGUCCUGACACAAAUUACGUCAUCCGUAGAACAACUCGUUGUAACAGGAUGUCUGGAAAAGAUUUUCCCGCCAGAAUACGUAAAACUGUUCAUCCACUCUGACGUACGAACCUUAAUGUUCGAGGGUUUUCCCUUCGCUAACAUGACUGAGGAGAUGGGAUACGCUUGUAACAUAGUCAGAAACCAAGUCAUACAAAAAACAAAAGUUAUGAAGAACGUCGAGUAUAUAUACAACGAAGAAUUUCCCGAAGUGGUGCAGAUGUUGAAGUUCUCGUAUUUAGGAUUUAAAACACAACAUCCAGAUGGAGUUUACACAGUAAACAGAGGCAUUGAUGACAUUUCCAAAUUGGGUACCAUAAUGAGAUGGAACUAUUCUCCAUUCACUCCAUAUUACGGUAGGAUGGAAUCAUUAAAUAAUGACACGUGUAAAAGAGUAAGAGGGGGAGAUUCAAUGAUAUAUCCGCCAUCAGUUUCCAAAGAUAGUAGUUUCGAAAUUUUCUCUACUGAUAUUUGCAGGACUGUAAAACUUUCAUAUGCCGGAGAAGGUACAUACGAGGGAAUAAAAGGAUACCGUUUCGAACCAAGUGAGGACACUUUUUAUCCAGUAACACCCAAUGUUGAAAAUGAUUGUUACUGUACAAAAAGAACUUUGAAUCCGAAGGGAGAACCAAGUUGUUAUCUAGAUGGUAUUGUGGAUGUUAUGGAUUGUUUCGGUGCUCCUCUUCUAUUGUCAUUUCCUCAUUUCCUUUAUGCUGAAAAGUAUCUCAAUGGAGUUAGGAAUCUAGCAGCACCAAAUAAAUCGAUUCAUGAAAUAUAUUUGUUAUUAGAACCGAAUACGGGUAUUCCUUUACAAGGAAAGAAGAGGGUUCAAUUAAAUGUAGUUUUGAGACCGAUAAGCCACAUGCCAUUUGCUGCCAAUUUACCAGAGACGGUUUUACCUCUAUUGUGGAUCGACGAGGGAGCAGAACUAACACAAGACUUAAUAGAUAUGUUGAAUGACCAAUUCUUUGACAUAGUUAAAAUAGCAAACGGUGUGAAAUUCACAUUGAUAGCAAUAUCAGCAGCAGCCGUAUUAGUUGCUGGGGGUAUUUUAAUUAGAAAAAAGUAUAUACAUUGGGGAAAAGCUCGAAUACACGUUAUAAAUAAAUAAAUAUUUAAAGAAAACAUAUACGCAAAAGGAGUUUUUGUUUAAAAUGAAUUGUUAAUAGAUACCAGU